AGUCACAAUGGCUCUGCGAGGUCCAUGGGCCUACUCAGGAGUCAUUUUUACAGUACCUGACUGUGUCAUUGGAAUGCGUACACUUGGUGGUUGGCAGAAUCUCCACAUUGGUUCUCAGGCUUGUGGAGUAAGUGAUAUGGUGGGAGGAGGCCAGGUUUGCAAAAUGCCUGAAAAUCUACGUCAGCUCUCAUGAGACUAUAUGAGGCAGCUCCAGCAUCCUCUGGACAUGGCCUUCUGGACCUUCCAGAAAUCAUCACAUUGUUCCAUCAUGUUGAUGACAUCUUGUUAAUCAAGCAGGAUGAGAUAGGAUUGGUGAGACAAAUGUGCUCCAGAGGGUGGGAGAUGAACCCUAUGAAGAUUCAAGGCCCUCCACAUCACUGAUGUUUCUAGAGGGCCCGUGGUCUGGUUCAUGCCAGGACAUCCAGUCUGGAGGCUGAGAAGUCCAGAUCAAGUGCCAGCAGAUUCUGUGGCUGGUGAGGACCUGCUUCCUGGUUUACAGAUGGUUGUCCUCUUGGAUUCUCAUACGACAGAAAGAAAGCUACCUAGCUCUCUGGCCUCUUCUUCCAAAGAAAUGAGGCAAAGGGCUAAGAAGGUCACAGAUGUGGAUGAAAUACGGAGGUGAGGAGUCUGGGUCUGGAAGCGUCCCUGUCUCUUCUUUCUGCUGCAGCUUGCUCCCAGCCACCCUCAACCCAAGUACCCUGCUCGGUUACUGGUGAUGCUUCAGAACCCGCAGAUCCUAUUGGAUGCUGGGUGCAGGGCCACUGCUGAGAUCCAAGACCACAGGGUGGUUCUUUCCUACUCACAGCGGGUGACAGGAGCCGCAAGAGGCCUGAAGGGACACGGACAGGGCCCACCACUUCCAAGUCCAUCAGGCACUCUGCUUGCUGCACACCCAUCUUGUGGGUUUGCAAAGUGUGUUCACCCCACAGAAGACAUUUAAAUGAUAAUUUCCCCAAGUUUACCCCUACGUAAGCAGAGCUCCAAAUAGAAGACUGUGAUUUAUGUUAAGUUCUGUGAAUUACUGGAUUGGGUCUUGGAUCACAUGAGCCUAUACGGGCACUUCUAUAAACCCAAGUGCUCCAGGACUGAAAGUCCUGCAGGAACAUGGGAUCAUUUGACAUGUAUCUGUGGUGAAUGUACCGUAAAUGGUCACUAAGAACAGAGCAAAAGAGAUGAUAACUUAGCAUUUUAAUGGGAUUUUCACUGUGAAAAAAUUGGGAGCACCUUUAAUAAAAUGCUCUCUUGAGAAUGGGUUUUGCGGGUCUGUCCUGAGAGUUCGGGAGAGGGCACUAAUUCCUUUGGAACGUGAGGAAGAUCAGAGUAGUUGAGGAAACUCCCCAGGGCACACAGCCUGUGCCCUCCCUUUUUGUUGGGACCCAAACCUCCAGACCCAGGGAGGAAGCAGCAGCAUGGAUAUGUAGGAAGUGUCCAGCCAUCAAGGUGGGGAAACAGAGUCACCCGGGGUGAGAGCCAAUGUGUACUGUCCUACAGGGAAGGGGGACUCAGCACUUGACUGUUGGCCUGGGAUGGUCCCAAGUACUGGACUUGGUCUGCAGGUUCUGGAACAGGAUAGGAAGAGCCCUAGAGAGCUCAGGACCCAGGGGCAUAAGGUCCUUUGUAAAGAACAUUUCAUAAACAGGAGGGUGGAUGGAUUCGCUGAUGGGGAUGUCUUUGAUCAGAAAGUAUUCUUUGUUUACUGACUCUGCCCUAGCAAAAGUGAAAGAAAAAGCAAAAGUGAAAGAAAAUUCAUGAGAUCAUAGGAGAACAAAGGGCAGAGGCAGGGGCUUUCCAACCGAGCUUGUACAUAAGUGGACACAAGUCCCCUUCCUUCCUCAGCCUCCUGCUUCUGUUCCCUGCAUCACACACAUGGCAUCCAGUACUUCCUGCCUCCAUGUGACAGUCCAUUCUGAGGAAGGCACAUCAACGACCUUCACUGUUAAUGAGAGGGACAGAGUGAAGAAGGUCAGUGAACAUGUCUGGGCUAAGACCAAGGUUGCCGUGCAGUACCAGGUACUUCUGCUGGGCUCCAAGACUCUAAAUACCCAGAGGAAACUGUCAUCAUCUGGCAUGGACAAGGAGAUGACCAUCCACCUCACUCUGAAGGUGGUGAAACCCAGUGAUGAGGAGUUGCCCUUGGUUCUGGUGGAGUCAGAUGAUGGGGAGAGGCACCUCUUCCAGGUGCAAAAGUCCAGCUCAUUGGCCCAGGUAAUGAUAAUAGAGACUAAGACUGCUAUAAUGCCUAAGAAACAGAUUGUGACUUGCAAUGGCAAGAGGCUGGAAGAUGGGAGGAUCAUGGCGGAUUAUGGCAUCAGAAGGGGCAACAAACUCUUCUUGACAGCCCACCACAUUGGGGGUGGGCCCGCCAGGGAUGGCUCAUGUAAGGAGCAGAAGAGCUUACUGCUAGCUCUUAUUCCAUCCACAUCCUGUGAUGAUUUCCCCAAAGGAACGAGGAAGAUAAAUAGCAAAGUUUAGGGGUGAAGUGGGGAGGGAGACCGCACAAUACUUUCUAACUCCAUGAUUCUUUGAUCUUACAUAAUUGACCAGGUGUAUAUUGUGUAUAUUACUAGAAAUGGAAAAUAACGUUUUAGGUAUAGUAGAGAUGGCAUCAAAGCCAGCUUGCAAUGUAAUCCUUUCCUGGUUCCCUCUGAUUAAUAGAAAAAUUCCUAGUUCUUCUGUCCAACAAGAUAGUAAGUUUUACAUUAGGAUCCAUGCUCCCCUAAUUUCUGUUUCCACCAAUAUAUUAAUAUCACUCAAUAUGUCGAACCAAAUUGAAUUUCUACUUACAGAGGACAAUGAGAUGAUUUAUCAUGAGGUGAAUUAAUUCCUCUGAUAUGAUUACAGUCUAAUUAAUAAAGAACUUAGAAAUUCAA